UGGUUUCACGUUUAAGGAGCUGUCAGUCCAUAUUUAUAUACAGUCAUAGUCAGAACCUGGUCACAUUUGUCAGAAACUACUAGAAAAAGACAGCAGGUGGUGGUGUUGAACAUUUCUGUCCGGUGUGUCACCGUCACCGGGAGCGGAAGGAGGAUGAGGAAGUGGCUGGUGAAGGGAAGAGGAAGAGGAGGACUGGAGAUGUAGCUGCCCACACCAAUGCACCAGCAUCUGGCAGGAGACUACUAGCGACGCAGCUAGAUUAUAGCAAUAUUUGACAAUGCGAUGGGUAACUGCUGUGCAUACUGUGUCGGGCUCUUCAGGAGGGAAGCCAACAGGAUCCAGAGAGGAGGCGGGUCAAAAUAUUUCCGCAGCAGUACCACAGGGGAGCAUUAUACAAUCGAGUUUGAAAACCUGGUAGAAAGCGAUGAGGCUGAGAGUCCGCAGCCCUGCCCGAGGCCCAUCAGUGAAGAUGAGCUCAAGAACCUCAGAGAACACCGCUACGCUGCUAUCUCAGACACGCAGAUCCUAAUAGACCAGAAGCUACAAGCGGAGUUAGAGGCACAAGAGGAGAAGUUGAGGCUAGAAGAGGAGGCUAGAAAUGCCGCCCAGCGUGAGGCCGCCAGGCUGGCACGUGAACGCAAAUUGAAGGAGCAGCUGUCUGCCCAGAGGACACGGGGGAAAGCAGAUGGCUCCGGCGGUGAAACUCAACAAAGAAAGCAAACCUCUGGGGAAAGUUUCGACGUCUACCUCCAGCAUGUAAAAGCCCAGUCUGAGGCUUUCAGGAGCAACAGACUUCCCUCUGACACAAACGUGGUGACUCCCAACACGGAGUACAGCUGGGAUUUCACCACAAAGACCCGCUCCACCAAUGACGACGGGACCUCGCUGGAUCUAGAGUGGGAGGAUGAGGAAGGGAUCAACCGAGCGCUUCCAGCCUGGGAGAGGUCUCGGACAGAGGAGGACAUCCUACGCGCGGCCCUGAGGCCCGGCGGCAAGCAGACGACCAGCGGCCCGACCUCUGCCUCCGAGGACUCCAACGCACUGGAGUGGGAGAAUGAUUUUGUGAGUACCCACCCAGAGGACAAUGCAGACACUGAAUUUGAAGGGUUUGUCAAUCCUGUCCUCGACACUCCCUCUGAGGACGCCUCGGACUGUGGCCUCAGGUUGGACAGCCAGGACAGAUAGUGUCCAGCACCAAAGGAGACGUUUCUUGUGCCCUCUUCAUGUCAAAGCUCACCAGCUUUUUUUUUUGCCUCAUGAAAUGGAAAUUUACUCACUUGCUCUUCAUAUUCUGUAAUCUGAGACUGUGGGAAUGUGUGUUGUGGAUCUCUACACUUCAGUACAGUGUAGUGAUGUUUUUAACAAAUACUCAUUUUUUCAGUGCCUUCAUUUGCUAAAUUUGCUGACCAUUUUAUGCAUCAUAACUGACCAGUUACCAUCCACUACCACUCGACACAAUGCUCAGUAAGUGCUUAUGUUCAGUGCACAGCGUCCAGGUGAUCAUACAGAAACUUUAUUGCAAAAGUCUGAGGAAGCUUCAGACAAAACAAUGUUCUGUAUUAAAUGAUAAACCCUAGAAAGGAAAGUCGUCCUCAGUGUUUGAUCCAUCAGAGGCCAGUGCCUUGCUCAGUGGCAAUGGCAGGAUUGUUCCUGCAUCUGUUUAGAGGUCAGAAGAAAACACGCGAACCCUUUCAACCCUCCCUUCAAUGUUGCUGCAUGAUGGAAAAGAAGGAACUAAAUGCCAUGUAAAGGUUGCUGAUACAUUAGAGCAGACUGUUUAGGUGAAUUAGCACAAGGAUAGGGUCACUAGUGAUACACAAUGGUUAUGGGACACAUAUGAAAAACACUAGUAACUAUAAUGUAACUAUAAUCUGUGAUUCUCUGAUAUUAAUAGAUUGACAAAUAUGAAAUGAACCCCAUCCAGACUCAAAGUAGCUUUCAUGGUUAAUUAAAUGUAUCAUGAACAGUCCAAGCAUGAAAACACCUUCACUGCUCUGUUUUCCUCAGUAGUAUCUUAUUAAUAUUCACAUUUCCAUCUGACAACAAAAAACCUUUUACAAAACAACAUAAUUAAGCACAUAUGGUGUCUCAGGCCACGUCCUUCAUUUAACCAUCAACCUGUUGUAGGACGUCUGAGUUCUCAACUGGCCUUUUUCGUAGAUCUAAUCUGCAUAUGUUGAAAAAUCACAUCAUAUGCAUAUAUGUUGAAAUAUCAGUCAUUUCUUCAUCUGAUUCUCUGGUUCAUCAUAAUUGUGAGUCAGGGUUUUCACAACAGCCUGGAAAGUACGGAAUGAUAUGGAAAAAAAUGAAAAUAGUCACAUUUGCAAUCUUUUGUUGUUUUUUUUUAUCUUGAUCAUCAAUUAUGUUUUAUCAUUAAUUAACUGAUAAUUAUUGUUAAUAUCUAAUUGAAUACUAAUCUUUUCAACACAAAUUCUUGCCAUGCAGAGGCGAACUGAAUGUAUUGGCCACUAAUCUGGAUGUAAGUUUCUGCUGUGUCACCAGUUCAAACAACCAGUGUGAAGCAAAAUUAGCAAGCAGUCAAUAUGAGUAGCUGCAUUGCAGUCCAGUGGAAUAACGGUAGAAUAUCUGACAUAGGUGGAAAUGUAACAGGAGACAAUCUUCACCUAAACUAUAACAUAUGUUUACCACCUUUAAACGGUACGUGUGUGUGUGUGUUGACACUUUUUUGUUUGUUUGGCAUUUUUGCCUUUUAUUGGACAGUAGAGCUAGACAGGAAAUCAACUUCACAUUAUUAUUAGGUUACCGUGACACCCUGACACAACUCAUUUUGAUUGGUUGCUAGCACUUGGUGGUACUUCAAGAGACAAAUCUUUUCGUAUGUGUGUUUAUGAAAUCCAAACCAGAUAGUAUGAACUAAAAACAUUCAUAAGUUUGAAAAUCACUGCUGAUUUCUGUGUACUGCAAAUACUGAAAGCAAUGUUUGUGGAAAUUAUGUGAGAUCGGCUUGAAUCAGACCCUUUGGUUUCUACUUUGUCAUGUUCCUAUGUUUGAUCGAAUGCUGCUCUCCGAAGGAAUCUGCUGUUCACACUUUGCUUGUGCAUUGAUUUUUUUUUUUGUUUUUUUAAAUCCUGAUAUUUGACACAUCUGACAUGGUUGAGCAUGAGUCAGUUAUAUAAUCUCUGAAUCAAAAGUAGCUUGCUGGUUGCACUCCCAACGUGUGGAUUUUGAAUUUAGAUGAAUGAAUUAGAGUGUUAUCAUUCACUGAGAUAUGUUUCCUUCAUUACUUGUGAGAAGGAAACAGAUGUGCACUGUUGUUGAAGUAUGUAGACGAGACACAGGUUCACUCGCAGAGAUUCAACAUCACUGUUUAAUAGCUUCUUAAUAUUUGAGUGUGUAAUUUUUUUAAAAAAGAGAAUCAAUCGAACACAUUUCAAUAUCAUGUUUUGCUGUGAUGACAUGAUGUCUUGAUUAAUCACUGGAAUUUUCUGUAAAAACAAAAAACAAACUGUAUCUUAACAUUCCUUGUCACAAUGAGCCUAAGGAAAAAAAAAUAAAAUACAGAAAAAUGUU